AGUACUCAAAUGUUUAAUAUCCCCGUAACGUUUACAAAUUACGUUAAGCGUGUUACGUUGAUGGCACGUAAAAAGGUUGUUUACAUUUUAACCGGCUUUUAAAUCCGCAAGAUGUCCAUUGCAAUUCAUGUCAAGCGACGUGAAUAAAAGCUGACAAUAUCUCAGCGAAGUUUAGUCGACGUUCAUUGGAAUGCUCCGCAACGCGUACCGUAUCUAUACGAGAGAAUAAUCUCGUUUUCUGCGGCUUUUAACGAAAGCCCGAUACGGAGUCGCAGAGCAAAACAAAUAGCGGGUAAGUGUGCACAUGCGCCGGGCGGACGCACGCACGCGCCUCUGCGCGUCGCGGCAGUCGCGCGCCGCCCGUCGCCGCGUCCGCACUCCUGUGCGAGCAUUCCCUAACGCGCUCCCACCACGCGCUAAAUGGCGCCCAAACCGGGACCUCGCUCUCGCGGGUGAUCUGUGGUGGGCGGACGGCCGCGUCGCAAACACACAUGCUGACGAUAUGGAUACAGUAUGGCCGCGGCAUAUUGGCUCAACUCGCUCGGAUGCCUGUCGCUGUCGCUCCUAUGUCUCUUCGCAACUACUCUUCAAGUCACAAGCGUGGUCGCGGGAGAGACCGCCGAGCUCUCGAGCCGCGCACCGCUCGCUGAGCCCGCGCCUACUAAACUUCCAAAGUGCGACCGCACAUUCGUGAGCCGCGGCGGCGGCAGCAACGGCACGUUCCACGCGCCGGAGCUGCUGAACCCCAACAACCACAGCCGGCAGUGCCUCUACACGUUCCUGGCCGCGCCCGGCCAGCGCGUGCUCGUCGAGUUCCGCACCUUCGACCUCCGGGGAAAGCCGCCAGAUGGAGCCGCAGUGGGCGAGCUACCGGCAUGCAUGCACGAGCAUAUGGACAUCUACUCGGAGAUGGCGUCGCUGGAGGCGGGCGAGCUGGUGAACUCUGCGUUCGGCGGCCGCUACUGCGGGCCCAUCCCGCCGCGCCGCCGCGUCUCGCUGCACCGCGCGGUCGCACUGUCCUUCUACACAGACAAAAUGUACACGCCGCCAACGCUUUUCACAGGAACCUACCACUUCAUCAACGCAUCGGAAUUCGAGGUGGGCACUCCCGUUCCCAACACCAUGUGCUCGUUCGUGAUAGAGGCGAGCAAGCGCAAGACGGGGCUGUUGAUGUCGCCGACCUACCCCGGCAUCUACCCCAAGGACAUGACCUGCAACUAUCUGUUCAGCGGCCAGCCGGGGCAGAGGAUACGCCUCGAGUUCAGGGACUUCGAUUUGUUUUUCGGCGGACCCCACUGUCCGUUCGACUGGGUGCGCGUAUACGACGGGCCCGACAACUCGUCAGCCGUGAUCGGCACGUACUGCGGGCAGCAGCGCAACCUGGUGCUGUACUCCAGCGACGAGAGGCUGCUCGUCACCUUCUACACGCUGCCGCGGUCCGCCAGCACGCAGAACCGCGGCUUUAAGGGUAUCUUCGAGUUUUCAGAGAGUUUUGUUAAGUUAGAUUUUAUAAGUAAACACGACGCUGAGCACAUUAGGGGCUCCGAAUGCGACCAGAAGAUUCUUAGUAAAAAGGAAUCGACGGGAUUCGUGUACCAUCCAAAUUAUCCAUUCCCCUAUAUACAAAAAGUUGUUUGUAGAUAUUUUAUAUACGGUAUGCAAGAUUCACAGAAUUUGGAAAGGGUUCGAUUAGAGUUUCAGAACUUUUCUAUACCGAAAGGCGAAAAACCAAAACCAGAUGGUGCAUGUCCUGACGGCUACUUGAAGGUGUACCUGCGCGGGCAGGAGGCGACGGACUCGUACGACAAGCACGACGCGGAGCUGUGUGGUGAGGGCACCAGCGCCAGUGUCGGCACGCCGCCCUUCCCGCCGCCGCUGCUGUCUGAUGGCCCCCGUCUCGUCAUGGUUUUCAGCUCUGGGGAGCUGCAGGGUAGAGGGUUUAAAGCCAAGUAUACUUUCGAGACUGAGUAUCGUGUACCGGGCACAGCGGCGCCGGGCGGCGAGUGCGCGUUCACGUACCGCUCGGAAGCGAAGAAGCGCGGCGAGUUCAACUCCCCUCGCUACCCCUCCAACUACCCUUCGCACACCAACUGCACGUACACCCUGGCCGCCACACCUAACGAACAGGUCACCGUCGUCUUCGAUCACUUCAAAGUCAGAGCUGAUGCCUGGAAUGCUACAGCAGGGUUGUAUAGUGGCGCGACGUGCAGCGAGGACUGGGUAGAAGCCUGGUGGGUGGGGCGCGAGGGAGGGCGCGUGCCGCUGGGGCGCUGGUGCGGGCUGGCCACGCCGGGACCGCUGCUGUCGCCGCGCGGGGCCACCGGCCUCGUCAUCGCGCUGCACACCGACUCUGAGUCCGUCGCCUCUGGCUUUAAAGCCAGAUAUAUAUUUGAGCCGGCGAAGUCAAUAUUCGGCGACUGCGGUGGCAACAUGUCAGGCGCGGAGUGGGGCGUCAUCACGUCGCCGAAGUUCCCGCUCAACUACGAGCAGCCCAAGAACGGGCCAGCCUCGCGCGUCUGUAACUGGUUCAUCACGGCGCGACCCGGGAAGAGAGUCUUGCUCAAUUUUGUCUAUUUUGCCGUCGAAGGACAUCUUACUGAACGCGGAUGUCCAGCGGCAGUCCUACGGCUGUGGUACGAGAGCCCCGGCCCGCCGCUCGAGCUGUGCGGGGAGAAGGCGCCCGGCGACCGCUGGCAGUACCUCUCCUCCUCCAACUCGAUACGACUAUCGUUUAUAAUAGCGGACAAGGCGGUGGGCGCGGCGGGCUGGCGCGCCGUGUGGACGGAGGUGUCGGCGGGCGGCGCGUGCGAGGCCGAGCCCGCGCCCGACUGCGCCGGCGCCUGCCUGCCGCCCGGCGCCGCCUGCUCGGGCCUGCAGCACUGCGCGCUCAUGCCCAAGCAGAAGCCCAGCCACUGUUAGUAUGCACCGCUUCUAGCGCCCCCAGACGCGGUUAUGUCGACGAUUGGACGUCGCAAACCGACGACGAUAUUCAUAAUCUUAAUCGUAGCCGUUACUCUCUAUAUCUACUCGUACAUAUCUAAUGACUUUUUCUUUUAGGUGUCUAAAGAAACUCUUCGAUCUACGUAUACUUACCUGUUUAAACUUAGAUUACGUCUAAAACUAAAUUGAAAUAAGCUAAACUUUUUCCAAAUUUUUAAUUGAUUUUGAUGACACUGUAUAUUACAAUUGGCACUUUACCGCACUUUGCAUUUCCACUUGAUAAAUGUAUCUACACUGUUGCAUUUUGUCGUUGCAUUCUAGGGGUUAUAAAUUAAGCAAUUCUAAGAUAUAAAUUAUAACUAUAAUAAUGUAGCUUGUUGAGAAUACCCACGGAGUAAGCAGUACAUGAACCACUGGCUAACACAUGUGCUCUCACUUUAGCUCCACUAUCUUGCUGGGUAUUUAUUAGCGAAUGAUAAAUGUAGAACAUCUUGAAUAAAAAAAUAAAGAUCCAAAUAUGAAAUUCGACUUAAUUAUAAGACUUUAUACCAGCAUUUAAGUUAUACAUAAAACACACAAAGAGCACACAGUACAAGGAAAGCUCAAUUUACUCUACCUAAAUAAGUUACGUAAAAGACCAGUCUAUAUCGUUUUCAAAUAAUGUGACUCAAGAUAGUUAAAAUCUUACCAAAGUUAUGAAAUAUGGAUACGGAUGGAAAUAUGGAUGGUACCGUGGAGUGGAUAGUCUGGGUGGAGUGUACAAUGAUUUGAAAGCAAAAAGAUGUUCUACAGUAAGUUUGCCCGCGAUCCACACGUACCGACAGAAUGUGACCACUUCUAAGUCGCUACAUGAGCUUGUCGUACAUUAGCUGCUUACUCCUGCUUUUAUCUUCUAAAUUGUUGUAAAAUAUUGUAUUCUAAACACUGUAGCACUGUUAACUAAUGACUCUAAACAAAUACGAAUAAUGUUAUGUUCACUGUACUUUCUCAGUAUACUGAUGGUUCAAUGCAAUCUUUGUCUCUAAGGAUGUUGUAACAUGUACUCUAGGGCUCUAGCUGUUUAGAUAACUUCCAAAACGAUUAAACAUAUUAUUGUUGGUGAAUUAGCAGAAUAUAUUGAAUAUGUUGCAAAGA